AUGAGUGCUAGCCUUCAUCACUCGUACGGAGAUGAGUCGCAUUCCUCUGAUCAACAACAACAACAACAACCAUCCAAUACAACCUUUCGACGGCAUUCAGUACAACUUGAGGGAGAAGACAAACCACUGAUCAUGAUGACGAAAAGCUCGGAAGUAUCUGCUCUUAGCAUAAAUGAAAGAACCCAAACAGCAUAUCCUACUGAGGUUCGUUCCGCCCGUGAACAUCCGAAGACUCUGAGGAGUAGAAAGGAUUCACGUAGUAGAAAUAAUUUUGCAUACGAAAAUUCCAACUUGUUCAGUGAAUCAUCAUCUCAUUCCACAAUUCCGAUUAAGGAUCUUCUGGACAAACUCUCUAUCAAAGAAAAGAAACUAGAAGAACUUCACCAAAAAAGAUUGGAAAGAGAGAAAAAACGUUUCGAAAACACAGAUAUUGAUACUGUCUUAUUGGAGCACAAAAGUAGGCUUGAUGAGUUGCAGGAAGAAAAAAACAAGAUGGAACAAGAAUUGACAAGCAUUAGAAAUCUAUAUGAAGAUAAAAUUACACAUCUACAGCUUCAAGUAGAGGAAUUACAGCUGGAUAAGGAAAUUGCUGAGGAGCAUGCAAAACAACUUCGAGACCAAUUAGAUGAAAUUAUAUUCAAGGAUGGUGACAUGACCAAAAAUACUUUAAAUCUAGAUUUGGAAUAUUUAGAAGUUGAGACUCUCUACAAACAAAAAAUUCAAGAGCUGCUCACUAAAAACGCUGAUUAUGCAACUGCGUUGAAUUUAAUGGCAACACAAUUAAGCGAUUUAGAAUGUUAUAGACAUUUAUAUGUUGACCUUGAGAGGGUAAAUAAGGAGGAAAUAGAUCUUCUGCGAGCUGAGCUUUCUGAAAGAGAGACAUACUGCCAUGAUUUAGAGCAAUAUCUUGUUAAGAUUCAACUAACGAUGAACGAAAAAGACUCAGUAGAGCUUAGAGCUAAUGAUCAAAAACAAGAGAACGUACAAUUAGACUCAAGAUGGAAAAAUGAAGAACGAAGAAUUCGAUCCUGGCAGAUUGAAAAAGAAAUGAUGAAAAUAGAUAUCGAGUCCCUUACCAAAGAAAAGGAUAUUUUAUACUCAUUACUUCCAGAAAAGUUCUACGAAGAUCAUGCUGUGUGGAUGAAAAUAUUCUUUACCAUCCACAGUUCUUCAAAAAAAUUAGAAUAUGCUAUUCAACAUUUUUCGGAACUCAAUUAUUGUUCUGACCUGUCAUCAAUGGAUUACCAUAUUAGGGCUCACUUUUUCCUCUCAUCAUGUAUUUAUAUUCUAGAAAUGUACAUAUUCAGAAUUGGUAGCAUUGAAUGCCUGAAAGAGAUAUCUUCAAAUGUAAAAAAUUUCUCAGAGAUACAAUAUGCUAUUGAUCUUCUACUUCAUACUUUACAAAAAGAUACUCUAACAGAAAAUAGUUUUAUUGAAAUUACAGUUUCUCUAUCGUAUUCAUUAACUAAUUUGCUGCGAGAUGCUUAUGAAACAAAUUCACAUUUUUCGGGUAAUAUUUCUGUUAUUUUACAACCAUGUCUACGUGUACUAGAUGCAAUAAUAGAGAUAAUACAAUACAUUAAGAACUUGAUAAAUAAUAUAAAUUUUGAGCCUGCAAAAUCAAAUAACCCGUACACCGACAUUUUUGAUUACAUGACGGAGUGCCAAUAUGAGUUUACUAUUUUUGCUCAAAAUGUACGGAAUUUAUUUACUUCAACCACCAAGGCGUACAAUGCUUUAAUGAGAGAAAGCAAUUUUAAUUUGUUAUCACAAAUUUCUCAAGCUCACCCACACCAAUCGAAAAUUUCAGAGAAACAGUUAUCAAAAAUUGAAAAGAUACUCACAUCUAAAAUAGAUGUGUCCUAUAUUUCAUCACACCAGUUCUCAGAUAUAUCAUUCAGACAGUUAUCACAAUUGGUAAUCUCUGUUUUAGGAAUUUCACAUGAGGAUGUCGUGUCAUUAGGCAAAUGGUUUGGCCAAAGCAAAAAUGAAUUUUUGCCUCUUGAUAGUAUACGACACUUUAGUCAUAAAAUUGCUUCCUCAACGAAUGAGAUAGCGAGCACUGAACAGUUGGAAACAUAUGAUGCGAUGACAAAUUCUGUUCUGUCCAAAAAGAUUGUAAGGUUCAAAAAGGAGUUGGAGGCAUUUGACGUCAUGAAGCCAUUGUUAGAACGUUCGGACCGAGAGAAAAAGGAGAUGACAAAAUUAAUUAUUGAAUUGCAAGAAAAGCUUCAAAAACUGUUGGAAGAACGAGAUACAAUGGAAAGCUUGAAGAACUCCAUUCAAAAUAUUGAAAAUGAAAAUAAGGAGCUUCAAGAAAAGCUAACGGAUAUGGAACACUACAAGCUAAAAUAUGAGGAAGCCAUCCAUGAAGAACAACUUUAUAUGGACACCAUCGACAAGAUGAGAAAUGAUAUUUUUACACUUGAUUCAAUUUGCAAAGAGUUGGAAGAAAGACUUCAAAGCUUGACACCAGAAAGUGGAUUUUCACCAAAACACCCCUUACAACGCCAACUUUCAAGAACAACAUCUUUUUCUAAAAGAUUGCCAUCUAUGAUGGGGGAUCAGACUGACAAAUUUGAGCUUGAAAAAGUACGUCAUGAGUUGGCACACCUUAAGCAUCAAAAUUUUAUUACUAAGGUUCAGCAGAAUGAAAAUAAGCUGAUUAAUAUUGUGCACAAUCCUAUGUUUGUUGAGGAUGAAACUCAACAGCAGAAAAAACAAAUACGGAAAGCACUCUCAAAUCUCAUGAAAGAAGUAACUUGUGUUCCAUUAUCAGUCGUCGAUUUAACAAACUCUAAAUUGAAACCAGAGAAGCAGCUGAUGAAAACGUUGACAGUGAUGGAAGAGCAAAAAAGACAAUUGGAUACCUUCAACCACACUGUUCGUGUGCAUUUCAAAGGAAGAACGGAAGGUGCCAAGCUAUUCGAGAAAAAAUGA